CAAAAAAUAUUGAAUUAUCAAUGAAGAGGGAAAUCACUAAACAACCAAAGAGUCAAACCAUUGAAACCUUCUUCCACAACUCACAAUUCCACCAUUAUUAUCCCAUGAAGAAUUUGUAGUUAAGGUCCCAUCUUUGAUUUCUGCACUGUAAUCUCCAUUCCAAUGCAAGAGACAAACAACACAAGAAAAAUCCUUAAAUAUGCUAUUUCAUCAAGAAUUCUUCUCAUAACCCUAAUUAUUCUAUGGAGAUCACUCCUUAACCCUUAUGAUACUUCUGCAUCCAUAAACCCUAAUUGUCUUUCCUAUUCUUCUCAAUCUACAAAACCCCCAAUUUUAUUACCUUCCAUUUCAUCCGCCAUUGAAGAUAGUAUUGUUUGGGAUUCUGUUUACUUCGUUCGAAUUGCUCAAUGUGGCUACGAGUACGAGCAGACUUACGCCUUUUUCCCUCUUUUGCCUAUUCUCAUUUUCCUUCUUUCGAAUUCAGUUUUUUGGCCGUUGAUUCCGAUAAUUGGGUUUAGAGCUGUGCUGGGUUUAUCAGGUUAUGUGAUCAGCAAUGUUGCUUUUGUACUUGCUGCGCUCUAUUUUUACAGGCUUUCAGUUGUCAUUUUAAAGGAUCCAGAUGCUGCAUUGCGAGCAUCCAUCUUGUUUUGCUUCAAUCCAGCUUCCAUAUUUUACUCAUCAAUUUAUACAGAAAGCUUGUAUGCUCUAUUAUCCAUUGGAGGCACAUACCUCUUGAUGUCCGGGGCAAACAAUUUUUCUGUUGUAUUGUUUGCUCUUUCUGGUUUAUCGAGGUCAAACGGAGUGGUUAAUGCUGGGUAUUAUGGUUUUAAUGCCCUUCACCUGUCUUAUUAUGCCAUGUAUGUGAAGAAGCGCGCUUAUUUGGUUCUGCAAGUUCUUUUAGCUGGAGCUUUGCGAUGUAUCUGUAUCUUCAUUCCCUUUUUAGCGUUUCAAGCAUAUGGCUACUACAAUAUCUGUCAUGGACGCAAUCCUGAUGAGAUGAGGCCUUGGUGCAAAGCCAAGGUUCCUUUAUUGUAUGGCUUUAUACAAAGUCAUUAUUGGGGUGUUGGCUUCUUGCGGUACUUCCAAUUUAAGCAGAUACCCAACUUUCUGCUGGCAUCUCCUGUUCUGUCUUUGGCAUUCUGCUCAAUCCUUUCUUACUCGAAAGUUAAUCCAAAGAGCUUCUUUUCACUUGGUCUUGGAGCUGAUUUAAAGAAAAAAUAUUCGCCAGCUUUCCAACCUUCCGGAAGGGAGGAGCCACUGAGCGACGAUCAUCUCUAUGUGACUAGGCAAGAUGCUGUAAAUUUGAGGCAACGGCAAAAGUCCAAGACACAGGUGACAUCUUUAAGCCCUUCAGAAAGUCAGGUCUCAGUCAAGGCUGGAUAUUAUUCGGCAGAUGUGCUUCCUUUCAUUUAUCACUUGAGCUUCAUGACAGCCAUGGCCUUCUUUGUUAUGCACGUUCAGGUUGCAACUCGAUUCUUGUCUGCUAGCCCUCCUGUGUACUGGUUUGCCUCUGACCUGAUGAAAUCUGCCGGAAAGAGUCGGAGAUGGGCCUUCUUAAUAUGGGCGUAUGCCGCCUGCUACAUCCUUCUCGGAAGUCUUCUUUUUUCAAACUUCUAUCCAUUUACUUGAUAAUGAAUUAGGUGUAUCAUAGAAAUUUAUGCGCCUUAAAUUAAACUCUUAUCAAAUUUGUGCAACACUUUGUAUCUUGUAAUUUCAGAAAAA